AUGCCACCGGACUAUAGUGCAUAUUCGAGAGAACAAUUAUUGGCGCGCAUCAAGGCCCUUGAAGAUGCCAUGCCCGGGGUCCCUCUUCAUCUGAACCCACCUACACGGCCUAAUCCAUCAACAAAGUCUGGAGCAGCAAAGCUUGUCGCGUCGUCCAGCAAGCUUGCACUUUCCGAGGCACCGCCCAUCGACUUUCGCAUUCACGCACGCCGCAAGAUCGCUUUGCGCUUCUCGUAUGCAGGAGAUGAGUAUAAUGGACUUGCACAUCAGACCCUUCCUACGCCAUUGCCGACAGUUGAGGGUGCACUAUUCGCGGCAAUGGCAAAAGCUCGGCUAGUGGAUCCAGCUGGCGGGUUCGACGCCUGCGGUUGGGAGCGCAGCGGUCGGACAGAUCGCGGGGUUAGCGGCGCGGGGAACGUCGUGAGCCUCUGGGUUCGGAGCCAGUUGAAGAAGGAUCCGCGAGAAGGUGCAUGGGAGCCUCCGACCAUGAGCGAGCAGGAGGAGACAGCGGUGACGUCCGGGGACACGAGCGAGGUUGAAGGAGCCUCUGGCGAUGAUAAUGGGCUAGAUGCUUUUGCAGACCUCGAUCUCGACGCCGCACCGGCACGCACGUCCAUUCCCGAUGCCCCUACGCAUUCUCGCGAAUUGCGUUAUGCGCAUAUGCUAAAUCUCAUACUACCACCUUCGAUCCGCAUCAUUGCUUGGUCUCCCGUGGCCUCGGACUUCUCGGCGCGAUUCAGUACCCUACGGCGACACUACAAGUACUUCUUCUCUCCGCGAGGCAUGGACCUAGAGAAGAUGCGGGUAGCGGCAAUCAAAAUGGUUGGAGAGCACGACUGGCGUAAUCUGUGUCGCGUCGAUGCAAGCAAGCAAUUGACGAGCUUUAGGCGGCGUGUCUUCCGUGCCGACAUCACAAAAUGCACAAAUCUGGACGCAGACCCAGACAAUCCUGGCGUGGAGGGCCUGUACGUCUUUGAUCUGAUUGGAUCUGGCUUUCUGUAUAACCAAGUACGGCACAUCAUGGCCGUGCUCUUCCUCGUUGGCUCGGGACUCGAGCCGCCCAGUAUCGUCGACGCACUGUUGAAUGCCGAUGCAUCAUCGCCAGACCCCGACCCGAGUGUCCCGUUAUUGGAGCGUCGGCCAGAAUAUCUCAUGUCCGAUGCGCUGCCACUGGUGUUGUGGGACUGCGCAUACAAGAGCGAAGACGUGAACUGGCGGGGCGAUGCGGGCGCUGAUGAAGACGAGGGUCCAGGCGCGAAAAGUGUUCACUAUCAACUUAGUGGUGCCCUCGAACGUGCAAAGAUACAUGCCGCUCUCGACGCAUGUUUUUUGGCGGCGGCGGCCCGCUAUCAUCCACCUCUCGAUGACGGGCUACCGCUCGCGAGUCCAAGUGACGUCGGGCGUAAUGGAUUUGCGAAUGUGCUGCUUGGAGGAGGUACCAACGCAAGGGUACGGCGGUACGUUCCACUGCUGGAGAGGGGACGACGUGAUAGCGUGGAGGAGAUCAAUCGCAAGUGGAGAGAAGGGAGAGGGAAGCGUCGAAAUAAUCGAGCAGAUGAGAGCGCUCCAAUACAAGUAGACGGCGACGAGUAA